ACACGAUGAAGAACAAGAACAACAAUUCAUCAGUUUCUUCAAUCGAGAAUCAUCAUCCAUGGAGGAAAACAACCACUCUUUUACUUUUCCUCUCUCUCCUCACCAUCUCUCUGCUUCUCCUUCGUCUCUCCCAAGACAAAAUCAUACUCAUCACCACCACCACAACCACCUCCGACUCCGAUCAUCAACGCCGUCACGACCCGUGUCUCGGUCGCUACAUAUAUAUCCAUAAUCUACCUUCUCGAUUCAAUCUUGAAAUCAUUAAAGACUGCAAGUCUAUUACAAGACCAAAAGACAAGAUCAGUAUGUGUAAGUAUCUCGAAAACUCCGGAAUCGGACCUUUGAUCGGCGGUGACGGUUUUGACUACUCUCCGAGCUGGUACGCCACUAACCAGUUCAUGCUCGAAGUGAUUUUUCACGAGAAAAUGAAGAGAUAUGAGUGCUUGACGAGAAACUCGUCGUUGGCUUCAGCUAUUUACGUACCUUAUUAUGCUGGUCUCGAUUUCCGGCGACAUUUACGGCGGCGUAACGUUGCUGCGAGAGACGCCGCCGGGAAGGAACUUGUUAAAUGGCUUAAAAAGCAACCUCAAUGGAAAGAUAUGUCAGGUAGAGACCAUUUCCUCGUAACCGGUCGGAUUUCACGAGAUUUCCGGCGAAACUCCGACAAUAAGUCCGCAUGGGGAACCAACUUCAUGCUCUUACCGGAGUCUCUAAACCUCACUUUCCUCACCAUUGAACGUAGUCUAACGAGCCACAACGAGUUUGCAAUUCCUUAUCCCACUUACUUUCACCCUACGUCAACCUCCGAGAUCCUCCGCUGGCAAGACAAGAUCAGGCUCACUAACCGGACGAUCCUCUUCUCAUUCGCCGGAGCUCAAAGACCAAUUAGAAACCAGAACGGUUUGGUUCGCACUCAAGUUAUAAAACAAUGCAAGAGCUCAUCUAAUACGUGUAGGUUUCUUGACUGUGACGUCAAAGCCAAUAUUAGCUGCGAUGAUCCGAUCAGUCUGAUGAAACUUUUCGAGAGUUCAGUUUUCUGCUUACAACCACCGGGUGAUUCGUUAACCAGAAGAUCGGUAUUUGAUUCAAUCUUGGCUGGUUGUAUUCCGGUUUUCUUUAACCAAGGUAGCGCAUACAAGCAAUAUAGAUGGCACAUACCUAAGAACAAUAGCGAAUAUUCGGUUUAUAUACCGGUUAAGGAGCUGAGAACCGGGGGAAAGAACAAAAUCGAAGAGAUUUUGCGUGGAAUACCAAAUGAGAGAGUGGUUGGUAUGAGAGAAAACGUAAUAAGAUUGAUUCCGAAGAUUGUGUAUAGUAAACCAAACCGGAACAAACCAGAUGGAGAGAUUCUUGAAGAUGCUUUUGAUGUUGCUGUGAAGGGAGUGGUUAAGGGAAUAGAAGGGAUAAGGAGAAAAGAAUUCAAGACUGAGUAACUAAGUUUAUAACUAAUUAGACAACAAAAAAGAAUAUGUCCUACAUUUGUUAUUGUAUUUAAUUGUUCGUAGGUCUUGUAGUAUGUUGUUCUUAUUCUUUUACUUCAAAUUAGAUUAGUUUAAAGUUUUA